UUAAACUACCAUUAUGAUAGCACCAUCAUCCAUUCUCUAUCAGGAUCCCCAGGCAACCACCUUUCUUAUUGAUAUUCCUACAUCGAUUGCACGUGCACAAUUGCUUUCCCUACAUCAAUUAGAGCUCUUGUCCCCCGCAGGAUCGCUGUCUGAUUUGGAGGGCAAUGGCAGGAAUCGAGUAGUUCUGUCAACACCACCUCUAAGAGAGCCGUAUCCAGCGCACACAGAACCCAAGACCGACGCAGCCCGGACAAGAGUUCUCGAGAGAAUUCCAGUUUCGGAGAGGCUUUUUCAUUCCGAAAUUCUCGAACCGCUGGUCACCGAAGGAUUACUCCAGAUUCGCAAUGCGCUCAAGCCUGGGUUUGCGUGGUGUCUACCGCGUGUUGAAGUGAAUCAUUCUACUCCACAAUGGGUACCUCGCCAUGGUAAUGAAGCUCUUCGCCCUGACAGGAGGAAAGCAACUGGAUCUACACGCAGCGAUAGUUUCCCGCUUAUAAAGGCUGCCUCCAAGCAAAUGGAUUCUGAUACAGCCGAUCCUGCUACACUCAAUGAGACAUGUAUCUCCAGCCAAAGCCCACCGUUGAUCUUGUCUCCUGGCACGAACAGCUUCAGCUCAAUGUCUGAACUUUUCAGCCUCGUGGUCCGGAACACUUCGCGGGAACCAGCCGUGGUGCAGGCACCCUGUAUGAUGGUACAGAUGGAGAUGGAGAGUCCAGGGUGUUUUCAUAGUAGACAAGACCACCUGUCACACUCUGCUCUUCGAUCCUUCUACGUCCCACCCUUAUCAAGUUUUAUCCAAGGCAGGAUUCCCGUCGCAGACCCCGGGGCACAUACCGAUUCCCCCAUCCCAGGUCUACCUCACCACCAGAAAUUCAACCUCAUUCUUCUCGAUCCGCCCUGGGCUAACCGCUCCGUCCGUCGGAGUGGUCACUACCAAACACAGACUCACCUUGACUGGGAACGGCUCACCCGGUGCAUCCGCCAAAUUCUGUCUGUCCACCUGGUUCCAGACCCUUCCCGUCGUUUGACACGGGACGAGGAGGCUGGCCAGCAAGAGGACAGCGGGCGGGUGGGUGCCAUUGCAGCGAUCUGGAUCACCAACUCGGGAAAAGCUCGCAAGACAGCCUACGAAGCAAUGCAGGGCGCCGGGCUUACGGUUUGCGAAGAGUGGAUUUGGGUGAAAACGACGACAGAGGGUGAGCCCAUCACGCCCGUUGAGGCGCUGUGGCGAAAACCGUAUGAGAUUCUAGUUAUAGGAAGAAGGGUAGAUUCCGCUCCAGACAACAAUGUCAUUACUAGAAGAGUCAUUGCGGCGGUUCCAGAUAUUCAUUCACGCAAGCCUAACCUGCGCGAGGUCUUUGAGCAGGUGUUUCUUCUCGGCGGUCCGCCUGAUGAGGCUGGUAUGCGGUAUACUGCUCUGGAGGUGUUUGCACGCAACCUGACUGCAGGUUGGUGGGCAGUGGGCGAUGAAGCGCUGAAGUUCAAUUCGGAGGAAUGGUGGAUCGAGAGAUGA